UUCUCUCUCUCUCUAUUCAUAAUGGGUUCUGCAUAUGUAAAUUGGCAAAUAGUUGAACCUUCGUACUUUAUGAAUCUUGUGUUCUGAAUAGUCUGAUUGCUGUAGUGCGUGGCAAAACUGUGCUUGCAAUGCUGAUAAUGUCUCUCAAAGAAACAUGGCAGUGAACAAUUGGUAGUUUUUUUUAGGUUGUAUUGAAUAUAAAUACUAAAAACACCGUUAUCUAACAGCUUAAGUUUUUUAAAAACACCAGUUAUUUUUAUAUCCCUUAACAUGGUAUCAGAGUAGGAUGUCUUGAGUUCGAGUCCCGUCAGGCUUCUAGCAUUAUUUAAUUUCCUUCCGUUUGAUUAAGUUUAUGUCUUGGGCAUACUAAGAAGUUUCAAGUUCAGACAUGAGAGGGAUUAAUUUUUAGGAGAACAACAAUUGUUUCAUAUAAUUUAAUAGGUUGCAUUACCUACAAUGCUAUGUUGUGCAUAUAAUCAGAACGACGCGAAAAUCGGAUGACUAUAUCGAGCACUUUGAUUCCCCGAUAUGUCCGUUUUACAUGUAGAGGGGCAUGACGAAGUAGGACCGGCAAAGUUUGAGAUAUGGGAAUUAGAGUUGUACAGAUAUAAUAUUAGAUACAUUAUAAGGUUAAACAAAUAGCUCUUGAUUAGUUAUCUGAUGCAAGGUUUCUGAAAUAACUUUCCAGAUCUUGGAACGCCUAUUUUGAGUGCACAUAAUGCUAUGUUGUUUCCUCUGUUUCCAUCCACUGUUAUAUUGGUGCAUGCAGAAUGGUUGCUAUCUGAGUAACUGUUCUUUUGAUUGAUGUCAUAGGAUCAAAAUUUUGAAGCUAAUCCUAAAAUAGUAUUAGAAGAGAGCUUUGAUAUCUAUUAGCCCAAUGAUAGCAUUAGUAAUGAUGGAAAGUGGAAAUACUGAAGGGGGACAUUACAUGUUGUUACGUUGUGGGGUGAGAGAUGAUGCGAGAAGAGGGGCGACUAAUGCCAGAGGAUGUCUAGAAUGAGUAACGCUAUAUUUUAGAAAUGUUUUUCUAUCUUCUUGGGGGGUACUUGCUGCUGCUUGAUAUGACAAUGCUGGGUAUUGUAUAGUUUUUCUGUAUUAUGGUAUUCUUGGUGAAGGAAAUGAUCAUGCUCGGAUGCUGUUGUUGAAGGCAAUUCUUGCUUUUCACGGUAAUUUGUUGGAUCACUUCUUGAUGUCAUAUAGUUACAUGAAACAUAUAGAUGAUUUGCUGCCUAAACAUUACUGGGGUUAAUCUGUUUAAUUAGUGCUUUCUGAAAUGGAGCGGGCAAUAUAUCAUGGAUGAAUAGCUCUAGAUAGGGCCUAAGGGCAUCCCCAGUUUACCAUGGAGGAUUAUGAGCCUGUGGUAGGAUCUUCCAAUGGAAUUACUGCGACAACCUCACCCUACACUUAUCCCCCAUACUGGGUCAACCAAUAUCCACACCCGCCAACCAAGAGCGCUUUACUAAAACCCACCAAGAAGAAAGUCAAGAAGCCCCCCAUACCCCCGGCUUUCUGCGAAGUCUGCAAGGUCGACUGCAACAGCGCUGACGUCCUCAAAACCCACAAGCAAGGAAGGAAACACAAGAAAAACCUACAAAAGCUACAAGAAUCUAUUACCCCAAAGCCAGUAGUACAAGCUCCUACAACCACCGUAGCAUCGAGUCAGGAAACCCUAGAUGCUAACCAAGGGAAUACUGUAACCCUAGGCCAACAAACAAAGAAGAAGAAAAAGAAGGCGGCUGCAACGGCGGCAAGUGCCGAGGAGUUGGAGCUGAAGAAGAGAAGGGUUUUAACAGGAGGGGCUGCUGAGGAGAAUGUGAAGGUUUGCACGGUCUGUAAUGUUGUUGCUAACAAUCAGAAGGUUUUCGAUUAUCAUAUCGCAGGGCAGAAGCACGCGGCCAUGGUGAAAAAGCAGCAAGAACGAGAACGGCAAACAGCACCAGUGAGUUGAGGUAUAAAGAUUGUAGGGCUAAUUAGAGAUAGUUUUCUUUUUUUUUAUUUAUUUUCCCCUUUUUCAACCGUGUUUCUGAGGGAAAUGUGCAAAUGUGGCAUUCGUAAAAUAUGGGGCUCGGGUAUGUUACUUAAAUUGGGUCUCAUCUCAUGAUGCCCGGCAUAAUUGUGUCUCUAUGCAUGUGGGUUUAACUGCUUAAGAAAAUGGUAUUGCUGUUGAUUAGAAGAAUGUCUCAUUAUUAUUUUCAUCAUCAAAUAAUCUUGCACA